CCUCUCAUCUCCCCCAUUCGGGCCAUCUCUGCAUUCAGACAUGUACUUAUUUUACUCUCAUGAAUGUCCAGAUUAUGAUUCUCCCGAGAAUGAUCCCUCAGGUUCAACUAUAUGGCCAGAUCACAAUGGUUUAAAUGGAAAACGCCAUCUCAUCGGAUGGGCCCUCUCUGGGACAUGUGCUUUUUUCGCUACAGUGAUUUCGUUCCAUCUUCUGUACAGACAUGCAAAGAACUACAAUAAGCCAUCAGAACAACGCCAUAUCAUGCGAAUCGUGCUCAUGAUCCCAGUCUAUGCCAUUAUUUCCUUUCUUUCCUACCGGUUUUACAAGGAGGCCGUCUAUUUCGAAACAAUCCGCGACUGUUACGAGGCAUUUGUGAUCUAUUCAUUCUUCAUCCUUUUGCUCACCUACCUGGGCGACGACAAUGAGACGCAACGAUCUAAAAUCACUGGAUCAGAUCGGCGGAAACUUUUAUAUCCACUCAACUGUUUCUAUUACAACCCACUAAAUGAAAACUUUCUACAUUACAUGAAGUAUGGUAUCCUGCAAUAUGUGGCCAUCAAACCUCUCUGCACUCUAGCCGCUGUCAUCCUGCAAUACUAUGGACUGUACUGUGAAACCACAUAUGAUUUUCACUUUGGAAUGAUCUACAUUACCAUCAUCAACUUUUUCUCCGCAAGUGUGGCACUUUACUGUCUUGUCCUCUUUUAUGAAACCAUCAGCUUGGAGAUCCAGGAACAUUCGCCUCUCAUGAAAUUCUUUUGCGUUAAAAUGGUCGUCUUCUUCUGCUACUGGCAGACAUGUGUCCUCAGUCUUUUGGGCGCGCUUGAGGUUUUCAAGCCAGAGAAUAACUGGUCCAUCCUCAACGUAGAGCUCGGGAUCUCAUCCGUCUUAAUUUGCAUUGAAAUGGUCGUUUUCUCCAUUCUGCAUGUCUAUUCAUUCAGUUAUCGACCCUAUGUCAUUCCGGGCGUUACAACACCAAUCACAAAGUCACUAUGGGAUGGUUUCAAUCCAGUGGACAUGUUGCGUGAAAUUGUGUGGGCCUGUCAGGAUACUGUGCUCAUGAUCCAGGGCAAACCUAUGCCUGUUCGAGAUGGACAUCUGAGCAUGAAGCUACAGCGAGCCCAUACUACUCGUAUCAGGAAGCGCGAUAGGUUUUUUAAAAGUCGUAAGCCUGCAGGAGGUACUCAAGACUCGGCAGUAGCAAAUCAAGGAUCAUCAUCAACUCAUCAGAUAUCUGCCAAUGUGAGAGAUCAUCGGGAGCGUGAGCAAGAUGAGGCUCGUGCAAGACUUCUCGCAAAUGCUGAUAGUCGCAACUAUAGCUCGACAUCCAGUGUCCCUGUAUAAGAUAUCUCUACUAUUUUUUUUAGAUGCGGACUAUAGAGAUCAGAAAGAUCAAUGAUCAAGUUGGUGAAUUCGCCCUAUUGGUCUGUUUUUCCCACGGUGCCUAUCACUAUUAUUCACCUCUUCUAUUGCCAGCGAUUGACUUUGUUUUUUGGGUUCUUGGAAUCAUAUCGAUAUCUCAUCAAAUAAUCAAUUAAAUAAAAAUUCCGG